AUGAAAAUUGAAAAAGGGAUCAGGCGCGACACAGUGGGAGAAACAGUGGAAGAAACACAGCAGUCGGCCUACACACUGACUCUGGACGAAGCGGUGCGCGUAAAAACUGCAGAGUUGCAGAGCGAGCGGAAAAAGUGCGACGAUCUGCUGAGCGAACUAUUGCCCAGAUGCGUAGUGGACCAGCUUCGAAACCAUGAAACAAUGGUGGCGGAAUACUACUCCUCUGUCAGCGUCUUCUUCUCUGACUUGGACGGGUUCACUGUCUGGGUGAGUAGUGUCUCACCGGUACUGGUCAUCGGCACGGUGACCUCGCUGUUCAGCGCGUUCGACGGGGCCAUUCACGAAAUGGAUGUGUAUAAAGUGGAGACGGUGCGCGACAGUUACAUGACUGUGAGCGGCAUUCCCUCGCGAGGCGACAACCAGCAUGCGGCAGAAAUUUGCCGGAUGGCGAUCAGACUUAUGAAAGUGUUCAAAAACAGCGAAGCCAUGACCAAGAAUGCAUUGAUGCCGGUAGAAGGUCCGUUUACGGCAGCGGCAAGCGGUGCCCUGCAACUGCGUUGCGGAGUUCAUUCAGGUCCAUGUGCCGCGGGAGUUAUUGGUAUGCGCGUUCCUCGUUAUUGCCUGUUCGGAGACACGGUGAACGUGGCCGCCCGCAUGAACAGCCACGGCCAGGGCGGGCGCAUCCACCUCAGCCAGGCUAGCCAUGACCUUCUCACUGCCGGUGAUGGCGACAAAAAUCCGCGUUUCCGGUUGCAGGAGAGGGGGCUCAUGUCAGUUAAGGGCAAAGGAGAAAUGCGCACCUUCUGGUUGCUGCAUUAA